AGCAGUAUCUUUGUGACGCUUCUGGCAAAAGUAAAGCCUCUGGAAACUUUCUGAUGAAUAGUUGCUCGCCUCGUGUUUCGUUAUGCGGGGCCAACCGGCGCCGCAGCGCGCCCACGUGAGCGCAGAGACCCGAACCAACCGAUCCAAAGGCGUGCACACCAAGAGCGGCUCGCUGCCCGCACACGCAGCAGCGGGGAUGGAGAACACCACCGACAAUGAACCGACGCAAAUUGGACACGCUUUAUUCACAAGGAAGCUUCUGGUGGUGUCAGACGUCUUGUGCCUAUUACUGGUUUCCAUCCCAUUCUUUGCAAGUGAGCUGAAAGCAGUCAGACCAUACAGAAGAGGCUUCAGCUGUGGAGACCCCAGCAUUGCCUACCCGUACCUGCUCUCAGAGGUCAUACCAGACACAUUACUCAUUGCUGCCGGCAUCCUUAUCACGGGCCUCGUAAUCGUUGUCGGGGAAUGUUACCGUGUGCGCUUACUAGGCAUCAGCACCAAGGCCUUCGUUAGGAACAAGUAUGUGUCCUGUCUCUACAAGGAGUUGGGUGCCUUCCUGUUUGGCUGCUGCAUCGGCCAAUCCCUGACAAACAUGGCCAAGCUGAGCGUUGGCCGUCUGCGGCCGCACUUCUUGUCGGUGUGUGGCGUUACCUACAUCUCACUCAACUGCACGCAAGGAACUUAUUUGGAGUCUGUCAACUGCCCCAACACUGACCACCGCUCUAUAGAAGAGGCCAGGAAAUCCUUCUUCUCUGGUCAUGCCUCUUUUGCGAUGUACACAAUGCUGUAUUUAGCUUUUUACCUCCAAGCGCGGUUGACAUGGCGCAACGCUCGCCUGCUAAGACCUGUGCUGCAGUUCUUCCUGUUUCUGCUCGCCAUCUACACAGGUCUGACCCGCGUCACUGACAACAGACACCACCCAUCGGACGUUGUGUUCGGCUACUUAAUUGGAGCCUUCACUGCAUACUGGGUGGCCUUCUACAUCUCAUCCAUGUUUAAGAGACCCAACUUGAAUCCGUCUCCAAUGGAGACUCAGGAUAACCACCUAUUAGCGCAGCACAGCAUCUGCUAAAGAAGUGAUGUCAAACUCAUUUUUGUCACAGGCCACGUUGUAUUUACGGUUUCCCUCAAAGGGUGCUUAUGACUGUGAAACCAUAAAAAUCUUUAAUCGCCUCAUCAUAUUCGCACAUGAAAUUUAAGAACAAGUUGUGGAGUCAGAAAUCAAGGGUAAUGGGUAAUAUUGUCUUUUGGUAAGACAAAAAUGCUUGCAAUAUCUUAUUAUCAUUCAUGAUAUGACCAUUUAAAAUUUUGGUACAGUUUUUAGCAAAAAUCAUGGAAGUUGAUGAGUGAUUUACCUUCGCGGGCCACAUAAAAUCAUGUGGCAGGCCAGAUCUGGCCCCCAGGCCUUGAGUUUGACACCCAUGUGCUAACGUAAACGCGUAAACCCUAACCCCAUCCACCAGCCAAGAGCUCUCGUGAAUCUGAAGACUGAAACUUUUUUUUCCUAUGAAGUCCUACCACAUAUUGUGGCUCAGUAUUUUGGAAAUGUGUGUGUGUGGGAAAAAAUGUGACAUACUGAAUGUGACAAAACAAUGCACAGCGAUUGUGAGUCAUUUUGCACUGUCAUAACAAUUUGGAAGUCAUUAUGACAUUGAGUUAGUGCGUGUUCUGAAUAGUGUCUUGGUGUCAUGGCAACAACGCGCGUCUGAGGUUGUUGUUUUUGUAACAAUGGACUAGAACACCUUACAUGUUCUUUUGGGGUAGCCGUAAUUCAGAGGUGUCGGCCGUGUCUGUCCAAACUUUGCUGUUAAUUAAUGGCGAUGUUCAUUUGAAGACACAAAGUAAUGACAGUCAUGUUUUUUCAGUGUAGUGCAGGUAUUCAAAUAGAACUUAAUGUUAAUUCACAAAUGAUACUGGCACGACUGAUCUUGUCAAGAGUUGAAAUGACUACAAUAAUAAUGAGACUCUUGAAAAAAAUUAAUGGAUAGUUCUCAUUUACAGUAUGUUUUAUGAUCUAUGUAUAUAUAACAAUACAUAACAGAUCGAGAUUGCACAAAUUAUUAAAGGUUUUUACUUAUUCACGUUUGUUGUCAUUUAAAUGCAUUAGCUUUUGUUUUGAAAAUCAAACAUUCACUGUAUUUCCUGAUUUUCCAAUAACCGUCCAUUUUGCUCAUAUUGCUAAAGUAGAGUUAGCAAUUUUGAAACUCAUGUUUUUUUUUGGUGCAUAUAUUAACAGUCAUUAUGAUUUGACAGUUUUAUAUAUGAUAAUGUGAACUGUAAAA